GGCCACCAGAAGACCGGAGAGGGGAGGGGGCGGGAGGGGGGUGGGGCAGCCUUAGCCACCCACGGCCCGGAGCCUGGGAGGACCAGGAGCGACGCCGGGCUACCGGCCUCGCCACAACUUGCCCGGACCAGACACGCUUUAUCUUGCACCCUGGAAGAAGGAGCCCGCCUGCCUCUCCCUGCUCUGUUGCUCCUCGGCCUCGGCGAGCCCCGCCUCUGCGCCAGCAGCAAUCCCAGGAUCUGGAUCCCCCGUGACUCCCCGUGUCUUGCAGCGCCCGGCUUUCGCCCAGGAGCGCGCAACUGGGGUGCUGGAAAUCCAGCGGUGAGCAACACACCUCUCCUGUUCCCGCUGAUCCAGCCAGCCCGGUGGAUGGAGCCCAGAAUCCACAAACCUGCCAGGAAAGAAAAAAAUUUUCCUGAUGGUUGGUCCAAGCAGGGCCUCCCUGGUGGAUUGAGGAAUGCCUGGCUUUUCCUCAGCUCCUUGAUCCCGGAAGUAACCACAGGCAGCAUCCAGAAGACCCCUACAAUGAGAGGCCUGGGGUCUGCAAGUCGCUGCUAGAAUUUUUUAAAGAAUGCAGCACCGACACAGAUUUUAAGGUCCCUGGGCGCAUGCUGAAAGCGCGUGGGCGGAUACGCCCCUGCACUCCAGGUCGGGGCAGGGCGCUGCCAUAGCAACGUCCUGGACGCCCAGAUCUUAGGCCGCCGCCGCCGCAGCAGCGGGGGUCAGGGACAUCUCAGGCUCACGAGAGGAGUGGCGGCGGCGGCCCCGAGGCGGCCAGGGUCAGGGACACGACACUGCUCCUCCCCUCCACCGCAAGCCUAGGAGGCGAACUGGCUUGCAAGCAUGCCCUUCCAGAAGCACGUCUACUACCCUCUGGCCAACAGCCCCGAGGGGCCCGACGCCUCUGCCGCAGGCGCGGCCCCCAUGGCCUUUGUCCCCCCCAGCGCGGCCUCCGGCCCCCUGCCCUUCUUUCAGUUUCGGCCGCGACUGGAGAGCGUGGACUGGAGGCGGCUGAGCGCCAUCGACGUGGACAAGGUUGCCGGCGCUGUGGACGUCCUGACACUGCAGGAGAACAUCAUGAAUAUCACCUUCUGCAAGCUGGAGGACGAGAAGUGCCCGCACUGCCAGUCCGGGGUAGACCCAGUGCUGCUGAAGCUGAUCCGCCUGGCGCAGCUCACCAUCGAAUACCUGAUGCACUCGCAGGAGUUCCUCACCUCGCAGCUAAACCUGGUGGAGGAGAGGCUGCGCCUGAGCCUGAUGGACUAUGAGCAGAGCAAGCAGCUGCUCACCAAGCAGGCUGGCGAGAUCAAGCUGCUUAAGGAGGAAUGUAAACGCAGGAAGAAGAUGCUGUCCACGCAGCAGCUGAUGAUAGAGGCCAAAGCUAGCUAUUACCAGUGCCAUCUCUGUGACAAGGCCUUUAUGAACCAAGCGUUCCUACAGAGCCACAUUCAGCGCCGCCACACUGAAGAUUCUCACCUUGAGUACAAUACAAAGGCCCAGACCGACCGGCUCCAGAAGGAGAUCGACAUGUUGAAGGAACAGCUGCAGCUCACCAGGAAUCAGCUGGAGUCCGCCCAGCACUCUCAUGCAGGCCGGUUCUCUAAGGACUAUGAAUUGCAGAAAAUAAAGGAAGAGGACUUUCUGAAACUGUUUGACCGAUGGAAAGAGGAAGAGAAGGAGAAGUUACUGGAGGAAAUGGAGAAGGUCAAGGAGAUGUUUAUGAGGGAAUUUAAAAAGUUAACGUCUAAGAAUUCCGCAUUAGAAUAUCAGUUGUUAGAAAUACAGAGGUCUAACAUCCAGAUCAAGUCCAACAUAGGCACCUUAAGAGACGCUCACGAGCCCCGAGAAGACCAUCUUCCGUAUCCUCAGGAUUUUCAAAACAUGCUUCAGCUCCUCGACAGCCAGGCAAGCAAGUGGUCAGAUCGAUUUCAAGUUCUCAACGAAGAGCACAGCAAAGAGAAGGGUCAGCUCCUGUCACACAUCGAGAAGCUUCGAAGCUCAAUGAUGAAAGAUUUAAGCGCAGAUAACGUUUUCUACAAGAGGCGGGUAGAAGAGUUAGGCCAGAAACUGCAGGAGCAGAACGAGGUGAUCAUCACUCAGAAGCAGCAGAUUAGAGAAUUUGCCAGCAAACCGUACCACAGUGUCAACGAGAUGAAAGGGACUCCUUUAACCCGACAAACGCUGGAAACUAAAUCAGCUGCACUGCCCACACCCAUGAAUGCCUCGGCCACGCAGAAUCUGGAUGGUACACCCAACCUGACCAUGGUACAUGAGCAAGUGUUCUCUUCACACGUACUGGAACCAAUAGCAGAACUUUCUUCAGAGGAGGAGAAAGGGCGAGAAAAUGAGCAGAAAACAAAUAAAAAGACGCAUGUAAAGAAAACGCCAAAUACCAACCCGACCCCUAAGGAGCUGAGGACCAACCUGGAGAAGGAGCUGGGGAAUAAACUGAGAAGCUUCGGGAUCAACGAGAAUAUCCAAGGUAUUCCAUGCGAGAUCUUGAAUAGAUCGCUUAAAGCCAUGCAAGUAGCCAGACACGACCUAGCAAAACAGGUGCCCGACAUUCAGCAAAUUCGAGAAAACCUGGAGCAUCAGCUGAUCUGUAAAAUGGGAGAGAGAGCGUCACACUCUUCAGAUAGGCGCCAUGCCCCUCCCAUGGCCUCCUUUCCACCCGAAGAAGUACCCAAAGCAACCCAGCUUCCCCCCAAAAGCAGACCGUUGGUCAAGCAGAAAGCUGUGUUCACUGAUAAAGCGUCCUCCCCAAAACUCAAGAAAAAUACCAAAGAAAGUCAUUUUCUCAGAAGGUGUCCAGCUACCAAGACGCCUCCCUUCAGCUCAGAAGAGGAGCCGGAAGAAGAGGGCUUUAUCCGGGCACACCGCUCCCCAGAAGUACUCUCCACACAGCCACCUAAGAACAAGAGGUGUAACUUUGGAAGGAGAGCUGGCAGAAGUGACACGGACUGGACAGAGGGAAGUGAAAUGGAUGACUCGGACUUCUCUCCUAAGCUGACAGGAACCUCUAUUAAGAUUCAGACUGACAAAGUUGAGAGCAUGCCUUUUCCCCAAGGCAACAAGAAUAAACCAGUUCCUGGGACGAACUCUGCUGAUGCGGCUAUCAAAAAGGAAGAGUUUCGAGAGCUAAAGUGCACAGAUGCUGAUGACGAGGACUGGGAUGUAUCAUCCUUAGAGGAAGAAAAAUCUCUGGGCAGUAAAGGGAAGAGGGAGCCCCCACCCUCGAAGCGGGAUCUCAGCUGCAGCCAGGUGCAGAGGGCCUGGGGCCCCGUGAACCCUCGGGAAUUCAAGGAAGAAGGACUUCAAGAAAAGGAACCAAGCACACGCAAGAGCAGCUUAGUCACUGUGGCUGACUGGAGUGAUGCUUUGGAUGUCUAACCACAAUCUCCCACAUCAGAGGACUGUCCAGAAGCCAGCAUCAUUGCAGCCAACAGCCCAUAGGAUCCCAAUGUUCCUUAGUGUUUCCCACCAUAGCAAGGAAGCCCAUUCAAAACAAGGGUGUCCCUGAUGGCAGUAUCAAGAACAAACUGUCAAGCUAUCCACUGUGUAAAAAACAACGUAUCCUUUAAGUCAUAAAAACUCUUUUCUUCAGUACAGUACUCUUUAGUGUUAAAUGUAUUUUAUUUCAACUAACUUUUAAGUCUUUUUUUCUUCAAUUGAUUGAUGGCAGGCUUUGGUUUGAAUUGUUAUAGCUCUUUAAAUGUAUAUAUACAUAUCUAUAUACUGUCCCACUGAUAGUGCUUAUGUUAGGAAAUUCUGUGAGGUCUCUUCAAACUGAAUUAGUAACUCAGUGAUCUCAUGAAUGGUAACCAUUAGCUAGGCCCAUGGUAAAUACAUUUCCUUAAAGUACCUUUGAACGCCCUGGGCUCUGAGUCCCUGUCAGCACGUUGUUACUAACGGGUUCUUUCCUGCCGUGUAAUCUUCCUCUUGGAUGUCUCAUGAUUAAUGUGCAACUGUCGUCAAUGCCAAUCGAUUCUUGUGAGACGGUCACUAGAAAAAGAUGAGCCGUUACUAACACCCACGAGUCGUUUUCCUGUCUCCAGUCCCCAACCCAUAGUAUAAAAUACCUCAGAACUAGCUUAUAUCCUUCAAUAAUGAUCUUGGCAGUGAUCAGAAAGUUAAUACAGAAACCAUUUGUUUCCCUUUUCUUUUUAACUCCCCCCCCCUUUUUUUGAAAAUAUUUUUUAUACUAUGUGGUACUGUUAGGACUACUAUCUCAAAGAAAAAAAGCGACAUUUUAAUGGCUUGUUGAUUUGGAGUCUCCUGUCGUCCGCCGACCGUGCCAGUAAAGAUCUCCGUCACACCGUG